GUGCUCAACCACGCCGCCUCAUCUACUCCGCAAACCGGGUAAAUAAACGCGGGAUGGUUCUUUCAUUUAUACUGGUGCAGAAUCGCCAGGGUAAAACACGCCUGGCGAAGUGGUAUGCGCCUUAUAGCGAUGAGGAGAAAGUAAAACUCAAGGGCGAGGUCCAUCGCCUUGUCGCUCCCAGGGAUCAGAAGUAUCAAUCGAACUUUGUCGAGUUCAAACGGAGUACAAAGAUCGUGUACCGGAGAUAUGCAGGGCUGUUCUUCUGUGUGUGUGUUGACGCGACGGACAAUGAGCUAGCCUAUCUGGAGGCAAUACAUUUCUUCGUCGAGGUCCUGGACCAGUUCUUUGGCAAUGUCUGUGAGCUGGAUCUGGUGUUCAACUUUUACAAGGUAUAUGCGAUUCUCGAUGAGGUGUUUCUCGCGGGCGAAAUCGAGGAAACAAGCAAACAGGUUGUGCUUACGAGGCUGGAACACUUGGAUAAGCUCGAGUGAGCCCUUUGGGGGCCAAAUUUCAUUGCAGAGGGAAUCACUCGCUUUGACAUUACGUUGAUAAAGCGGACGUUAAUUUGCAUCAAGGUGACCUUGGGAUAUGGUCAUCUCACGGAGUUAUGAGGCUUGAUUCAAUCAUUGUCACAUAUUUGGGCGCAUUUCUCGUGACGUCCAUAUCUGCGUCACGUUCACCGUUCUCUGUUGUAUCUAAUUUUCGAAUACAUCGAUACCAUAUUCGUGGGAAUUGAGGGUUCAGGAGUUAGGCAGUACACUUGAGAGAUGUACUGUGCAGGACCACCGAACAACAGCCGAAAAAACUGCC